AUGUCGUGCUCAACCAAAAAAUCAUGCGAGGGUUGCUCCUGCAGUGGCAAGACAGAAGCCGCCCCGGUUCAGAUUGAGGACUGCGUGGAAGAACUCAAAGCCCUCCGCCGACGCAACCAAGAGCUCGAGACAAGACUCGGACUCGCAGCUGAGAAUGGGACAGCGACUAUCGUCCGUCAACCGGGCCGAACACUUCGCUCGUCGGCAUGGUUCGACUGUCGGACUGAUCCUGGUAUGACAGCAAUUUACAUGGAGCGGUACUUCAAUUAUGGUAUCACGCGAGAGGAGCUCAUGUCUGGUAAACCGAUGAUUGGUAUUGCGCAGACAGGUUCUGAUAUUGCACCUUGUAAUCGCCACCAUAUUGAGCUGUCAAAGCGAGUCCGAGAGGGUAUUCGGACGGCGGGUGGUAUUGCUUUUGAAUUCCCGACACAUCCUAUUCAGGAGACUUCACGACGACCUACUGCGACAUUAGACCGUAAUCUGGCAUACCUUAGUAUGGUUGAGGUGUUGACUGGUUAUUUCCUGGAUGGUGUUGUUCUCUUGACUGGGUGCGAUAAGACCACUCCGGCUUGCUUGAUGGCUGCUGCUACUGUGAAUAUUCCUGCAAUUUGUCUCAAUGUCGGGCCUAUGUUGAAUGGUUACGACAAAGGCGCUUUAACAGGUGCUGGCUCUGUGCUAUGGAAAGGCCGAGAGAUGUACGCCACAGGCGAAAUUGAUGAGUCCCAAUUCAUGGAUUACAUUUCUACAGGAACCCCUUCAGUUGGCCACUGCAACACAAUGGGAACAGCCUCAACUAUGAAUGCCCUUGCAGAGGCCCUCGGCAUGGCUCUGCCAGGAUCUGCCGCCAUCCCAGCUGCCUACAGACACAGAGGACAAUGCGCCUACGAAACAGGAAAACAGAUUGUCGAGAUGGUCGAAUCCGACCGCAAGCCCAGCGACCUGAUGACCCGCGAAGCAUUCGAAAAUGCCAUUGUCGCAAACGCUGCAUUCGGCGGUAGUACUAAUGCUCCUAUUCAUCUACUCGCAAUUGCGCAGCACAUGGGAGUCGAAUUAUCCAUGGAUGAUUGGGACAACCUUGGGUCUCACAUUCCUCUCCUCCUGAAUAUGAUGCCAUCAGGCGAGUACCUGGGUGAAGAGUAUUUCCGCGCUGGAGGUCUACCGGCAAUUAUGGCGGAACUUCUGGAUGCAGGAAAGAUAAAUGGCGAUGCCUUAACGUGUAAUGGAAAGACGAUGUCUCAGAAUGUUCGCGGGAAGCACUCGUGGGAUAGAAGGGUAAUCAAGCCUUAUGAUGAACCGCUCAUGAAAGAUGCGGGCUUCAUUCACUUGAAAGGUACUCUAUUUGAUUCGGCAAUUAUGAAGAUUUGUGCGAUUUCACCUGCAUUCCGAGAACGAUAUCUUUCCAAUCCCGAAGAUCCAAUGGCCUUUGAGGGGUCAGUCAUGGUUUUUGACGGACCUGAAGAUUACCACGAGCGACUGGAGCAUAUCCCAGAAAUUGACGAUAAAACGAUCUUGAUCAUGCGUGGUGUUGGUCCUUUGGGAUACCCAGGCGCGGCGGAGGUGGUCAACAUGCAUCCACCAGGCAGACUUCUCAAGCAAGGCGUCGAUGCAUUAUUCUGCAUUGGAGAUGGACGACAAUCAGGAACAUCUGGCAGUCCGUCUAUUUUGAAUGCUAGCCCCGAGGCUGCUGCCGGUGGAAACUUGGCUAUUCUGAAGAAUGGAGACAAGUUGCGUAUUGAUUUACCGAAGCGACGAGUGGAUAUCCUUAUCAGCGAUGAGGAGCUACAGGAGAGGAGGAAGGAAAUGCUUUCGAAGGAUUAUCCGCUUGUACCAAGUGGUACUCCCUGGCAGGAAAUUUUCCGCCAAGAAACAGAUCAACUCUCCAACGGUAUGGUGCUACGAAAAGCUGUGAAGUACCAGCGCCUGGCACAAACAAAUGGUGUCCCAAGACAUAACCAUUAA